AUGCUCGGAAAUCAACGGCCCGGAGAUCCGGCCAACCCCAUUUACUUCACUACUUCAGGAAGAAACCCGACCCGAAAUUGGAGGGUCCGAAUCAAUCAAACCCAGCUUGUUUCACAGGCCUCCACAGUUCUCCUGCAACGACACUCCAAAUUAUGGGCUCUGCUUCUCAAGCCACUCAAUUUCUCCUCCAAUUUUACUCCUUCCCUCUUUCACCAAAUCUUGAACAGAAUCGAAACCCACCCCAAAAUAUGUUUUAGUUUCUUCAAUUGGGCUCAGAAAACCCUCGAUUUCAAUCCUGAAAUCGGCGACCGGUGCCGGAUUAUCCGGAUACUGUUAGGGUCGGAGCUUUAUAUACUUGGAAAACCCAUCUUAGAUUCAAUUGUUCAAGAUUACCCACCUGCCAAGAUUUUCCCUCUAUUGAUUCAAUCGCGCAAAGCUGUUGAUUUUCAGAAUAUUUCCCCGGUAAUGAACUCCGUCGUCGAAUGUUAUUGCAGCAAACAAAUGUAUUUGCAAAGUUUGGAGGUUUAUCAUAUGGCUAAAGAUUAUAGGAUUGGAUUGAGUGUAGAUUCUUGUAACAUAUUGCUCAAUUUGUUGGGUGACAAAAAUGAGCUAAAAUUAGCUUGGUGCUAUUACGCUUCGAUUAUUCGAAAUGGGGUUUCGGGUAAUCGGUUUACGUGGUCUUCAAUUGCUAGAAUUUUACAUAAAGAUGGAAAAUUCGAAAGAAUUUCAAAGGUGUUCGAUGUGGGAAUAUUUACACCCGAGAUGUUCGAUUUGAUUAUUGAUGGUCAUAGCAAAAGAGGGGAUUUCGAAGCUGCUUUCGAUUAUCUAAAUAGAAUGUGCAGUAAAGAAAUCGGGCCGAGUUUCAGUACUUACAGCUCGAUACUCAACGGGGCUUGUAAACAUCAAGAUGGAGAAAUCAUUGAAAAUAUGCUGUCUUUAAUGGUAGAGAAGGGGCAUAUUGCAGAAACUCCCGUUUGUGAUUACGAUUCGAUCGUUAAGGAACUUUGUGAUGAGGGAAAAACAUUUGCUGUGGAUCUCUUUUCGGAAAGGGCUUACGAGGCGAAGAUUGAACUGCAGCACGGUACAUAUGAGUGUAUGCUCAUGGCAUUAUUAUCCGAGGAAGCUAGAUUAGAAGAUGCGAUUAAGUUAUACAAAAUCGUUCGUGAAAAGAAUAUUUUACUAAGUGAGAGUUGUUACAGUGAGUUUGUAGUGAUUCUUUGCAAAGAGAAUCCAUCACGGGAGAUAACCAAUUUGUUAGUGGAUAUAACAAAACAAGGGUUCUUUUUUCAGCCGAAAGAACUUUCCGGAUACAUUAGCAAACAGUGUGCCGAAGGUCGAUGGAGAGAAGCAGAGGAAAUCUUUAAUGCAGUUCUGAAUAAAGGGUUUUUGCUCGAUUCAACGUGUUGUGGCUCUAUUGUGAAACGUCACUGUUCGAGCGGGCAAAUCGGUAAAGCGAUUGUGGUUCAUAAUAAGUUAGAGGAGUUGAAGGGUAGUUUAGACAUUGCAGCGUACAAUAAAUUUAUUGCGGCGUUGUUCAGAGAUAACAGAGCUGAAGAAACCAUCAAGGUGUUUGAUUAUAUGAAAGCGUGCAAAAUUUUCGACGGUGAGAGUUUUUCGCACAUGAUAUGUGGUUUGUGUCGUGUGAAGGAAUUUAGGAAAGCAAUGAGAUUUCACGAUGAAAUGCUGGAAUUGGGGCUUAAACCCGAUCGAAGAACGUAUAAGAGGUUAAUUUCGGGUUUCGGGUGA